CCAUACGCUGUGGCGGUGCAACCUAUGUUGCCUGCGACAUUCGCCCUUUGAGGGGAACAAGCCCGUGUUUCGUGUCUGACUGUUUACUAGCAUGGCCCCAAAGUCUGCCGAAUCUUUACUCUUCCACAAGAAGAGGCCACUUGUCAAGAAAGAGCCAUCUGCUACCCCUCCAAGUGGAUCACAGGGCACGUCCACGCCCGGCACUCCUCGCAAAUCUGUUCCUUCUCGUCUGCAACCCGUCGUUGACGCAGAUGAUGGCUCAAAACUCCCAGAGGGCGAAUAUUCGGAAUACAAACUCAUGUCGUCCGCACUCAACGGUUGGAAAUACGACGUAAUGCGAUUUGACUCUCGAAAGUUAAUAGAUAUAUCGACAUGGGAAGCGCCUAUCAAGUUGAACAGGAAAGAAUUGAGGAGACAGGAAACGGUGGAGGAGCAGGUACCAGUAAGACCGAUGCUAGGCCCCGACGGGAAGCCUGUCAUUGGCACGGAUGGCAGACUCGUCAUGGUAGAUGCGGACGGGAGACCAAUCAACAGUGGUACGGGUGAGGAGUCCGUGAAAGAGAGAGAUCAGAAGGGAAAGGGAGUUGCUAACGGAAAGAAGAAGGUACAAAAAAAGACGCGGCAGGUAUUCAAGGUUCCGGAGGACGUGAGGCAGCUUAAGAGGGAGGAAAGAUACCCAUGGGUUAUGGAAGAUGCACGACGUAAUGAAGUCUGGAUUGGACAAUUAGAGGAAGUCUCGAAGGCGGAGACUCACGCCCUCCUCAUGCCUGCACAACAAGACGUUUUCAAGUUCGUUCCUGCACACAGAUGGUACAAAUUUCACAAGAAACCCAAACACCAUAUUCCUGACCUACAAGAGGCGGAGUCACUGAUGGCUAGGAUACAGAAGAAUAAGGACCCAGAACGUUGGUUGCUCCAUCGAAGACAUGGUCAAGGUCCUUCUGCAGCAACGGCGGCUAUGUUCAAAGCCGAUCCUGAUGCUGUGGUUGGUGGUGCACCCCUCGUCUAUAAUGUAUCCCAGAGUCGGGGCCCCGGAGGGCGGUCUCUGAUGAGUGUAAACAGGGGUUCGCGAGGUCUCGACGAGGAUGAGGAAGGGAAUAGUCGGCGGGUGAAACAGGAGGACGAUGGCGAGGGUCAUCUGGAUGAGCAGCUAUUUGACGAUGAUGUUGCAGACGACGAUGAGCAUGAAGCUCAGGACAUGGAUGAUGAAGAGGCCAAGGAGCUUGAGGAACGAUUAAAGCGGGAGUACAAAUUAGCCAACAAACAGCGUGACGGCUACGUUGACGAGUCUGAUGAUGAAGAGGGUGACAGUCAGCUGACGAAAGAUGGUAAAUUCCUGAAGAAGCUUGUGCGUAAACUGGAUAAAAAUGUGGCAUAUGAAAGUGAUGAAGAACGGGAUCCGUACGCGAGCUCGGACGAAAACGAAGAAGAGGAAGAACCUCCGCUCGUGACCAACGAGCCAGCCAUUCAGCCACAACCGCAGCAGACCAAGAGUCGUACCCCUUCGCAGCAGCCUCCUUCUAAACCCUCCCAACCUUCUGUCGUCAACGCUGCUAACGGCGUUGGGUCACGGGCUGUCUCACCGGCACCUGCUACGGGUAUGGGUGGCCAUUCUGUUGUUGCCAAACGAGCAACCAGUCCAAAGGCACCUAAACCCAGUGUCAGUCGAGGAAACAGCCCACUGGGUGGGACAUCAAGUCGUGCUGGGAGCCCUACCGGAAGUCGUGCCACGAGCCCCGCUGCGAGUUCCGGCAGGAGUCCCGUUGUUCCACCUCCAGGUAGCGCUGCGACGUCGCAAAAGCGUAAAGCGACAGAUGAUUUGAGUGGUGUAGCAUCACCGACUCCAACGAGCAAUGGUAAUGCACAACCGAAACCCAAGAAACGGAAGCCACUGCCGACUGGACCUCCAAUCGAAGGAGAAUUAGAGGAAAAAAUGUUGAUUGAUUGGUUGCAGAAUGCUCCCAAUGCAACGACGCGGGAUUGUAUCCAGCACUUUACGCCCUACUUGACGAGCGAGGCUAAGAAGGCGAGGUUCACCGCUAUGGUGAAGGAGGUUGCACAGUUGAAGGGUGGUAUUUUGAUCCUGAAGAAUGUGUUGCGUGGAGAGUCAGCAGCGGGGUCACCGGUGCCUACAGGUGCGGCGUAGACUGACAUACAGCUAUGGGUCUUGUUGUUGGUUGUACUACAAUCAAAGUGUCCGUCGGUAAUGACAUUCUACCUUGCACACUGAAUAGCACGACAGGAGUAUGUUUUGUACGAGGAUGCAGUUACGUAAGGUUAACACUUUCUUGCGGUGAGACUGAGAAUAUGACGAUGAAAACUUUGCCCUGGUGAGCUGCAAGCGUGGCCCGCAAGUCGGAGCCCCUG